AUGCCAAGCUGCAACCCCUGCCAGCUCAGCCUUCUGGUGCCCAGCGGGGCCACGGAGCCCCGCGGACGCUCCGUGCGGGGGAACCCAGCAAGCAAACGUGGCCGGAGCGCCGGGCUGGAACUGCGCGGGGCAGCGGAGGAAGAGCUCCCGCCGCAUUUCCAGGGGCUUGCGAUGCCGAAGGGCGAACCCGAGGAGCGCCCGGUGCUCCCGCGGGGCGAGGGGAGCGGAACUGACCCCCCGGCCGGGUCUCAGCCCCGGGCAGGAGCGCUGGGCUGUGCCGGGAAGAGCCGGCGGCCCCGGGAAGCAGCAGGGCCGGGGCGAGGCGAGGGGCCAGCAGAGCAGACCCGGGGCUCGGGAGAGGGCGGAGCGGAGCCGCGGGAGGGGAGAAGCGCCCGCGGGCCGGGAUUUAGAGCGUGGCAGGAAACACGUUGUGAGGUGAAUGAGAAGGCCCUGUCGCCUGAGGGGGACUGCGUUUUGGGAGACAAUGAGGAGGAGAGAAGCUUCCCUGAAGACCUUAAGCAAGAGGAGCUGCCUCAGCAAAGAGACUUUAGGAAGUUCACCCUUGAUGCUGAUGGCGAGACACUGCACUGUGAAGAGAAACCCUUCAAGUGUCCAGAAUGUGGGAAGGGCUUCAAGGGGCACUGCAGGCUCCUGACCCACUUGCAAAUCCACACAAGAGAGAAGGUGUUUGUGUGUGCAGAAUGUGGGAAGAGCUUUGGCAGGAAGGCCAACCUGGUGGUUCACCAGAGAGUCCAUACAGGGGAGAGGCCUUACAAGUGCAAGGAAUAUCUUCAGAAGAUCUAA